AAAUCAGAGCAUAUUUCGAGGCUACGCGUCCUGCUAAACUAUCCUAUAAUAAUUUCUUGUAUAAAAAUAAACCGUUAAUAAUUGAACAAGCUGACAACGAAUCAUGGUCGAUUCAAAACGGCAGAUGGAAGAAACGAUUUAUGUUAAUUGCGCAAGAAUUGAUAUCUGACGAAACGAUUAUCGAAAAGUACAGUGUAUUCAUGGAGUAUGGGGUGACGUUCCCCGCCCUCGUCUUAAGCGUAGGGCGAUUUGAAGGAGCUUCGGCGAGUGACGUUCUCGUGAUAAUACACGGACUACAAAAUGAAAAAGCGAGCAGAAAUUUGUGGGUGCAAAUCGAGAAUAUGCAAAGCUCAAGACUGAUUGAGGAGAAACGGAAUAGAAUCAAACGCAAGGUCGAUUUACGCUCGGUCGACAUUUUUGAUAAGUCUACAACCAGUCAAGGAGACAAAAUUAUGAAACUUUAUGAUGACGAUAAUCCAAAAAAAAAAUUGAAGAGUACAGCCGAAGACUUUCAGUCUGAUAGUGAUUCUUUUUCGGAUUUAUCUACCGUUGGAAGUGAGGAGUCAUCAACUGACAUUCAAUAUCCCCCCAUUGAAAGUGAGGAGUCAUCAAGUGUACUGGAAAAUUUAGAGAAUAAGAAUCGUUUGGCUACUACAUACAAGGUUGUUUCCCUCUUCGAUAGACAAUUUCCAUAUACGGAAGAACUCUACAAUACAUUCCCCGAUCAAAUGAUAACGUUAGCGAAUAAAUGGAAAAAGGUUGAAGCCAAUAUCAAAAAAACAGUCGAAGAAAGAUGGAAUGUAUCUCAACUGAAAGAACUUGUGGAUAAGUACCAUAAGAUAAUAGUAGAUCAUUUUGACGAAUUAUUGGAUGUUGAUCACGAGGAGCUUAUUACAAUGUUCAGUAAACCUCCCUAUGGUGAUUUUUCUUAUAAACGUGAUGAUGAAUUGAUUUGGUGUCAGAGAAUAUUUAUUGAUUUGACUCGACAAUUUCUACGUAAUAGAGGUGCUCUAUUUGAUAAAGAAGCCUGUGAGCUUCGUUAUCGCUCGGAAAUCGUGAAUCCUCUGCUUGCAGGGGUAUUUGAAAUGACUGAACGUUCUAUAUGGCUUGAAACCGGAGAAAUUGAGAACGAAAUACAAAAAAUGCAACGGAAUGAUACUAAGGAAGAUAAGGAGCGGUCAAAGCUUGGAAUUAAACAUGAUGGUGUGAUCAACAUGAUAAUACAUGGAAAAAAAUAUCAGAUCGGAUUUCUUGAGGUCGUAGGCAACGCCUUUAACAAAGACAUAACUGAUAGGAAUAUUGAGUUAGAGAAGUUAUAUAAAGCAAUGUCACUAUCAUUGUGGAAUCAACGUGCACAUCUCGAUAUUGAAACUUCACAACAAUUAUCAACUUUUGCUGUACUAGUCCAUGGAAAAAAUUUUAAUUUCUUGAGCAUGCAUUGCAUUAAUAAUAUGUUUGUGGUUAAGAAUUAUGAUGAUUUCAUAUUACCAACAACAAAUGAGUGCCUGAUGAGAAUACCAAAAAUAAUAGAAAUGAUUGUCAAAUUCAAGAUAAGAAUUACGAUAUAUCAUCGAGAACAUAUGGCUAGUUUCUAUAAAGUAGUGCGUUCACCAAGUGAUAAUCCACCCAAUGCUUCACCACAAAAGAAGAGAAACAAUGGUGGUCAUCUCUAA